AACUAGGAACUAGGAAGAUGCUUCCGUGCGCACCUUCGAAUUUUCGAAAGGGAGAAGUUAAAAUAGAAGCGAGGACACAGCAGUCGGUUUCUUCAACAGGCAAGGCACGGCAGUUCUUUUCUGGGUCUUCUAUCUUCCUCCUUCUGUCUUUCGUCUCUGAAAUUUUAUGAUUUUAUACCCUUCAAAGUUGAAACCUUGCAUAUCUCCCUCUCUGCUCGCCUUCUACACAAAUAGCGAAAAGCCCUGGUGAAUUUUAGUUCUUUUUCUAGUACUGCCUUUUAAUUCACUCCAAAAAAAAUACAAAAAAUACAGAUAGUGAUAAUGGGUUGGGGUCUUUCAAGAUUAAUAUUUUUGAAAUCAGCAUUUUAUUUCAUAAUAUUUGUGUUAAUUCGAAGCAUUGGAUUCACAUUAUUAGCAAUCCCAUUUUUAUAUGCUUCAUUGGUGUUCUUAUUAGUUUCAAUUGCAUCACACCCACAGAUCAAUCUUCCAAUACUUUUAGGGAAGAACACAGAUGGGUCAUUUCCAAUUUGGUCAAUCAUUAUGUUCAGCCCUUUUUUACUUUUUGUUCGAAUGUUUUCAACACUGAGAAGAAUUUUGAGUAAUGAAGAGCCUUUCAGUGAGAUAUGUGAGGGAGUGUAUGUUGGGGGAUGGCCUUCUUGCCUUGAUCAAUUUCCACCUAAAAAUCCAGCCAUUAUUGACUGUACUUGUGAAUUUCCUCGAAAGUCGGAGUUUUCGAAGAAUGGGUAUUUGUGUAUUCCUACGUGGGAUACUAGGUCGCCACAGCCGUCUGAGGUUGAGUCUGCUGUUAAAUGGGCUUGCAGGAAGAGAUCUCAAGGAGUGCCUGUCUUCAUCCACUGUGCAUAUGGCCAUGGAAGAAGUGUUGCAGUUACGUGUGCGUUACUAGUGGCUUUAGGAGUGGUUGAUAACUGGAAAGAUGCAGAGAAGCUGAUUCAAAAAAGACGACCUUAUAUCAGGAUGAAUUCUCUUCAUCGAACAGCCUUGGAGGAAUGGGCAAAACACCGAUUAUCUCCACUGAGGGGAAAGGUUGGAACAGAUGUGAGCUCGGUGAUCAUGUCGAACUCUCUAGGAAACAAGUAAAUUGGAAGAGAAUAUGGUAAAACUUCGUUGUCUACUCAGCAGCAUUGUAAUUCUUAUUGAACUAACCAUUCAAGGAGAUAAUCUGCAAAAGGAACACCUUGUGCUUGACUUUGUUAAUAGCAGUUGAAGUUAGCAGGAAGAGCUUCUGAAAUGUUCGCUUUUUAUUGUGUUGAUAUGUAAAGUUCUGUUGAAUGCUCAAGAAAGGAUGACUAAUCUAAAGGCAAUGCCUAUAUUGAUCAUUGCUACGCCUCUCUGAGUAGCACCAAGAACAAGCAAACAACUAGACCAGUUUCAAAGUUAUUUAAUUACAGCGAGUAUUAGCAAUUGAGGAUGUGAAGCAUAA